AGAAUACACCGGGUAUUUCAGUCAGAGGGGAUAUAGCCAGUCCAAGGGAUACAAUAAUAAAGCAGCCAAAAUAUUCAUUGACAUUACAUUAUUAAUUAAUAAUUCAUGAAUUACAAAAUCUAUCCUGAUUUUGAUAAUUAUUUUUGUAUUCAAAUCAUUGAAUAAAAGUCAGAAAGACAGAAACCUUUGUUUAGUCAUUUUGGUAUAUCAACAACUUUGUUCCACGUUCGGAGAACUGACACCGAUUUAAUAAUGGAGCCCAUGGUUACAUGUCCACUGGAUAAAAAUCAUCAAAUUCUGAAGAACCGAUUGCAAUUUCAUCUGGUGAGAUGCAAGAAGAAUCAUGACAUGAGCAAAAAAGGCACGUGCGAGUACAAUAGUACCCACAUUAUGGACAAACAUGAAUUACAGGCUCAUCACCUCACGUGUAUUGAUCGUUACGAGAUAGAAGAGAAGCAGUAUUCCCAGGAUGAGGAAAAUUGCGAGCAAUGGAAAGGCAUUCUUUCAGUGCAAGACGUGAUAAAGGCCUGUGAGAACUUAGCAACUUACGGAGACAACUGGGACAAUGAUCCAGAGGUGGAGACAUAUGAUCCUCACAAAGCUAACGAGAAUAAAGAGAUUAUAACAGGCCUCAUCGUCGCUUCGAAGUCUGCGAAAAAAGCUUUCAGAAAUGAGCAGAGACGAAAGAUGGCUCAGUUCGACAGCCCUAAAGUCUCGAAAGUUGCAACGGCAAAGGUGAAUCAAGUGCACGUAUCAGCCAAACCCCAAAAUGCUCCCAAGACUGGUCCAUCGAUUUCCACAAAAGACAAGCCAAAAGGUGUGGAUAGGUCGGAGAAAAAAAAUCAGAAAGCUAGCACGGUUGCAGAUCAGCUGGCCGCCAAUAUGAAGUUCUUGAACAUAUGUGAGAAGAAGACUGAAGAUUUUCCAGCUCUGAAACCACCCAAGAGCUUUUCCAGUAUUGUAAAGGAACGUAAGACCUCAAAAAAAUAAGACGUACCAAAAAGAACGAGUUGAGAGUAAGAAAACUCAUGACUGAUUACGAAGGAUUUGGUAAUGAAUUUUUUUUCCAUAUAAAUUAACCAUGACUAUUCCACCAGUAAUAUCAUAUGGAAAUUCGAGUUUUUUAACUGCUUUGCUGCUGCAUCCAUGAAUUCUAAAGAAUCCUGCAAAUGGGACAAAGAAAUUAUAAAGUCCCAAAAUCCAUUACAUUUUAUACGGGUAUGAACAAAAUUAUUUGACUGAUUCACUAGGAAAGUUUUACUGACGCUAAGAUUAUCCUUUUCCAUAGGAUGUAAAUAUUUCACUAUCAGUGUGUAAUACAUUUCAAAUCAGCCAUUAUUUAAGUCUUCGUGAAUUAAAAAAACACUUUUUAUCUCUCAGUUAACCUACUAAUACGAAUUUUAAAUGAAUUAUCAAAUGGGAAUUAUAGUAUAAAAAAGAAGGAAAUAAUUUUAUAAUUAUGAAACUGAUCAAUUAUAUUUUGGACUACGGAUUUAUUCUUAAAAAUAUUUAAUAGCCGUAUCUAUUUUACUGCUUUCAGUAAUUACGGUUUUGAAAUAACGUUAUGUUGUAAAUCAUCACCACUUACACAUUUACCGAUUAUUUUUUCUCUCAGAAGUUCUACCAAUAGAAUCGUUCCAUUCAAUAUUCUUCUGAUUUAUCUGCACGGUUUCUUAACAAAGUAUUGAUAAUUCUAUAUUGUACUUUGUUGCCGUAG